UCUACAAAUUUUAUUUUAAAGAGUUAUACUUAUUCUUUCAUCCUGAAGCUAUUAAUGCUUCUGUGUUCUGUAUUUCUUCUAAGUUCUAACUGUUAGGAUGUUCUCUCAUUAGAACCUUCUAUACUUGCAACUUAUCUUCUAUGUCUUCUUCCAUGGACAUGGUGGUUUUCUCUCUACUCCUAACAGUUAUCUCCAUUCACCCUCUGCAACUUUUAGCUCAAUCGACACCACUCAUCAGCUCUCGUAUCACUGUCGUAGGUGCUGUUUACUGCGAUACAUGCCUCAACAAUGGCUUCUCGAGACAUAGCUAUUUCAUCCCAGGUGCAGAUGUACAUGUACAAUGCAAAUUCAAUGCACAUGCGCCAAAAACAUCAGAGAUGAUAACCUUCUCGGUUAACAGGACGACAGACGUAUAUGGAGUGUAUAAGCUAGAAAUACCGGCUGUCGAUGGGGUGGAUUGUGUUGAUGGUCCUCCGAUCCAAUCCUUUUGUCAAGCAAGUUUGAUAGGAAGCUCAUCUCCAGUCUGCAAUGUUCCAACCCUGAAAUCCACAACAACAGAAGUUUCAGUCAAGUCUAAACAAGAGAGUCUUUGCGUUUACAGUUUCACUCCUCUGAGUUUCAGACCAAGUAAAAAGAACAACACUUUGUGCAGUAAACAUGCUAAAUCAUCACUAUCAGCCACUUCCUCUAAACCCUUGCUUCAAAGUAAGCAAACUUCAUCUAUAUCAAAUGCUGAGAACUUGCAAUCUUUUCCAUUCCCAUUUACCAGUCCACCACCCUCUUUACCCUUUCCAUUCCCAUUUACCAGUCCGCCACCUUCCUUACCCUUCCCAUUCCCAUUUACCAGUCCACCGCCCUCCUUAACCUUUCCGUUUCCUUUCCCAAGUCCGCCACCCUCUUUACCAUUUCCAUUCCCAUUUUCCAGUCCACCACCCUCUUCACCUUUUCCAUUCACACCAUUCUUUAAUUCUCCACCACCUCCACCAUCAUUCAAUCCCACAGAUCCAAAAACAUGGAUACCUCACAUUCCGUUCAUAUCUCAGCCUCCUCCUCCUCCACCACCACCACCAGCAUUUGAUAUACGAGAUCCAAGAACUUGGACGCCAUUGAUUCCUCCAUUUACUCCACCAAACCGACAAAAGAAGAACCCGUAAGGCAGGUUUUCUUUUUUCUCGUUAUAUAAAUAUAUUGUUCCUUGUUACAAUUAUUAUGUGAAAUAUAUUAUGUACAGUUGGGUUUAUGUAUAAAUACAGCAAUCUAUUUGUAUUCGAAAUCUCUACAGCCAAUACAGCAGAAGUAAUAAUUUUCUCGGUCAUUGACUGUUCUUCUGCAA